GUGAUGAAGAUGCAUCUCGCUGUCCAUCUGCUGCUCCUGCUGCCUGCACUGCUGGUCCUUUCUCAGGAGCAGAUGCACCCUCAGCCGGAUAAGGGCAAUUUAACCCAGAGCUCCAACCAAGAGACUCUGGCCACCGAUGAGGACUCUGCCAGCCUCAAGAUUGUUCCCGGUAACACAGACUUUGCCCUCCGCCUUUACCACCUGUUGGCCUCCGAGUCUCCUGGCAAGAACAUCUUCUUCUCUCCAAUAAGCAUCUCCGCUGCCCUCGCCAUGCUCUCCCUGGGAACGCGUGCUGACACCCAGACGGAGCUCCUGCAGGUCCUGGGCUUCAACCUCACCGAGAUACCGGAAUCCAGCAUCCACCAGGGCUUCCAGCACCUCUUGCACACUCUCAAUCUUGCCAGCGACACGCUGGAGACACGCAUGGGAAGUGCCCUGUUCCUGAGCAAAAAUCUGAGUCCCCUUCAGACGUUCCUUAAUGACACUAUGCUCUUCUACAAGUCUCAACUUUUCCACACCAACUUCUUUGACCAAGUGGGUGCAGCUAAGCUUAUCAAUGACCAUGUCAAGAAGGAAACACAGGGGAAGAUUGAAAAUUUAGUCAGCGAGCUCAGCCAGGAAACUAUGAUUGUCCUGGUGAACUUCAUCUACUUUAAAGCUGUAUGGGAGAAGGCGUUCGUUCAAUCCAAGACCACUACCCAAAACUUCCAUGUGGACGAGCACACAACUGUCCAGGUGCCCAUGAUGUGGCAGGGCAACCAUCACCACUGGUAUCUCAAUGACAGAUACCUACCCUGCUCAGUGCUGAAGAUGAACUACGAAGGGGAUGCUGCGGCUUUUUUCAUUCUUCCAGACCAAGGGAAAAUGGAGAAGAUCGAAGAGGCUUUGACCCCAGAGAUGCUAACAAGGUGGAAUAACCUGCUUCAAAAGAGAUCCUAUUUCUACAGGAAGUUAGAGUUGCAUCUCCCCAAGUUUUCCAUUUCGGGCUUCUAUGAAUUAGACCAGAUUUUACCCAAGGUGGGCUUCACGGAAUUGUUCUCAAAACGAGCCAACUUGUCCGGCAUCACUGAAGCAAUGGACCUGAAGAUGUCUAAGAGUUUCCACAAGGCCAUCCUGGACGUGAACGAGGUGGGCACGCGGGCUGCAGCAGCCACGGCCCUCUCUGCUGUCUUCAGAAGUUCACAAAGGGGCUCCCGUGUCCUCAAGUUCAACAGACCCUUCUUCCUGGUGAUCUACUCCACCCGCACCCACAGCAUUCUCUUUCUGGGCAGAGUUAUCAACCCCAGGAUUCCAUAG